AAUCUAGGAGACAGCGGAUAAUGGAAGGCGCACGCGUUCCAGGGGCGGCGCUGCAAGGCGUCGGGAAUCACGGAGGGGCGGGGCGGAAACGUGCCAGUGAGCUGACGCACGCGCAUUGGGCCGCCAGCGCCCCGCCUCCUUCUUCAGGUUUCCUCUCCUCCUCCGCCACUCUUCCGGAAGUGCAGCCGCCCUCGCGCCCACCAGCGGCCACCCCCUGCGGCAGGCCCCGCCCCUCCCGGCUCCGCCCCCCCAGCUCUCCGCCCCCUCCUCCGGUGGUGGCGCCGGCUUGCAGCCCGGGUCGUGGCGGUUUCGGUGCCCCAAGCCGGGAGCGCGGAGUCGUUCCCGGACCGGCGGCCAGGCUAUGAUCGCGGGUCCCCGGCGUCCCGCUCCGGUCACCCA